AGUUUCAGAUGACAACAAACUUGUUUGGACUUGUUCUGGUCGCUUCCAAAUCGGUUGAUGACUGAGCGUAAUUAGUGCAAGAGCGCACAGAGCUUUUAAAUGUCAGUGGUGACCGGGCUAAUCAUCUUAGCCCUCGGAGUGGCCUCUGCCACCUCGGCCGCGGCGCGACCUUGGUUUCCAUCUAAUUUGGAUAGCAUCGAUGUGGUGGAGUUGCUUGGUUUGAACAAAACGCUCUCCAAAAACUACUGGGAUCUGCUGAUUUUCACGCAGAGUUGGCCAAACACCGUGUGCAGACAAUGGAAAGACAAGUCUGAGGGCCACGAGUGCUUUCUCCCCCAGCAGUGGGCUGUUCAUGGCGUGUGGCCAACGAAACUUGGCACGAUUGGGCCAGGCUUCUGCAACAACUCAUGGCAUUUCAAGCACGAAGAGCUGGCGCCUAUCCAGGAGCAACUGGACCAUAAAUGGCCCAACAUCAUGAACGGCACCGCCGAGGACUCGCUGUGGAAGCACGAGUGGCAGAAACACGGCACCUGCGCCGCCCAACUCGAACCUCUAAACUCGGAGCUGAAAUAUUUCUCCAAAGGCCUAGAGUGGCACGAUCGGUACAACAUGACAAAAAUGUUGACUGAUGAGGGAAUCGUCCCAGACUCGACCAAAUCUUAUUUGGUUGGAUCGAUCAAUGAUGCUGUUAAACGACAAACUGGCUUCAACCCUGCAAUCGAGUGCUUUAGAGAUCCGAAAACUCAUAAGACUUACCUCUUUGAGAUUCGAGUCUGCUUCAGCAAGCAGUUGGAGCUUAUGGAUUGUGAUGGCAUCUUGGUUGGUAAAUCGGCUAACCAUGUUCGUUCAUGGAAUCGCGACCUGAGUGUGAUAACUAACUGCCAAAGCGACGAGGAAAUCUUUUAUCCUGACACAGUGCCAGAGCCUGACAACGAGCCAACAGUAAUCAUAAAGUCAAAGAAGUCAUUUUUCGACCUUGCUGAUCUGAUGAAAACUUUUAAAAUGUUAAAAGUUAUUCAGUGGCUAACUUUUUAAAAUAUCAACGAAUUUCACCAUGGGAUAGAAGUAUAAUAUAAGACUCUUUUAUAUUUUGUUAUGCGUAAUGUAUUUGUUGCGUUUACUGUCACAAAUAUUAGUGCCUUAUAUACUGUAAAGGAAUACAAAAUUCUUUUACUCACAAAAUAUGAAUAUUUUAUUUUAAAAAUGUCUCUAGAUUAAGGUAACAUUUCUUAAAAAUUACGUAAUCCCCUCGAUUCAUGGCCCAUCAUUAAAAAAAUUCUUAUAAUUUUCCCCUUUAAAGAAGGUUAAAAAUAGUACAAUAGACUAUCCAUUUGAAAAAUCCUGUGUUUGGAUGCUCCAUUAUUUUGAAUUAACUUUAUGUUGUGGUAAAGGGUCCUAGGAUCGAUACAACAAAUUGGGUGAUAAGCAACUAUUCGCGGUAGCAAUAAAGCCAUUCAGAUAAAAUUAUUUUUUUUAACCGAUAAGGAUGAAAAAACUCUACUGGUGACAGUGUUGAAAAAUAUAAUCAACAAACGAUGACUUUUAUUUUAUAUUGCCUCGGUUUCAAAGGUUGAUUUCAGCGUGUAUUUGCAUAGAAAUUAACGAAUAUUUUACUUUUACGUUUGAAGGUCUUAUCAUAACCACGAACUCUUCACGUUAUAAUAUAUUUUAUCUUUUCUUGUACUAUCUAAAAGGGAAGUCAUUAUAGGUCUCUGGAAGUGAAAUAAUAUGCUGGCGCACACCAACAUAAAAAGGAACAUGGUCAGAAAAAUGUUUCUUUGCUGCAAACAUUUUUCUAUUUAAAUACGUUUAUGAUGGAUUUCUUUUUUAAGGUCCUGAUCAAUCUUGGGCGAGGGGUUUGCUUUAAUAAUAAAAGGCAUUAAUAAUUAUUCGGAAAUAAUUAUACAUGGCAAUAUUAUGAUUACAGAAUAUAUCAUUGAGAGGAAUUCUCUAAAUAUAUAAUACGUAUUCUUAUAAUA